AUGGUCAAAGUUCGGAAAGGUUCUAAACCACCACCAGAUGGAUGGGAUUUAAUUGAGCCAACAUUAGAUGAAUUAGAAGCUAAAAUGCGUGAAGCUGAAUUAGCACCACAUGAAGGUAAACGUAAAGUUGAAACAUUAUGGCCAAUAUUUAAAAUUCAUCAUCAAAAAUCACGUUAUAUUUAUGAUCUCUAUUAUAAACGUAAAACAAUAAGUAAAGAAUUAUAUGAUUAUUGUCUUAAACAAUCAAUGGGUGAUAAAAAUUUAAUCGCGCAAUGGAAAAAACAAGGUUAUGAAAACCUUUGUUGUCUUCGUUGUAUUCAACCACGUGAUACAAAUUUUAAUAAAAAAUGUAUUUGUCGUGUACCAAAAGAAAAAUUAGAAGAAGGCAAAGUUGUUGAAUGUGUUCAUUGUGGAUGUCGUGGAUGUUCUGUGUAUCAUUCAAUUGUUUGUUUAUUAUUUUUUUUUCGUUUAUUGUAUAAAAANUGUAUUCAACCACGUGAUACAAAUUUUAAUAAAAAAUGUAUUUGUCGUGUACCAAAAGAAAAAUUAGAAGAAGGCAAAGUUGUUGAAUGUGUUCAUUGUGGAUGUCGUGGAUGUUCUGGUUAA